AAGAUGAACGCAGCAGCAGCAGGUGAAGGAGGAAAGGCCGCUCCUCCCAAGUUCAAGCAGAAGGAGACCAGGCAGUUCAAGAGCAAGGCUCCCAAAGCUGGACAGAAGGGGUUUGACAACGACGUUCCAGGGAUGGAGGGUCUCGGAGACUCUGCGGUGGUCUGCCCCUGGGAGGCGUUUGGUGACAUGGAGCUGAGCGACCUGGCUCAGUUUGGCAUCGUCUAGACGUGUCAGAGGAGGGUCUCCUCCCACCCUGGUCCUGGACAGAUGUGAUUUCACAGUGUUUCUACGCUUCGUCAAGUGCUGAAUAUGAACGUGAACGAGUGAUUUCAUCGAGUGUCGGUGCAACAGUCACUGUGGGACAGAUCUCUGCAGGCUCAGGGUCAUACGG